ACUCAAAUAUCUAUCCAACACUAAAAAAUUUAUACCCACUCCCUCUCUCUCUAACAAAAAAAAUCACCAAUGGCAAAACAAUAUCUCUUUCUACUCCUCUCACUCUCCUACCUCUUCUCACCGGAGCUCACGGCGGCCACCGCAGCCUCACAGGCCGGAGCUUCCAAAAAAGCCAUAAACUUCAUCCAAUCUUCUUGCAAAACCACCACAUACCCAGCCUUAUGCGUCCACUCACUCUCCGUAUACGCCAACGACAUCCAAACAAGCCCUAAACGUUUAGCUGAGACCGCUCUAGCCGUGACACUAAACCGAGCCCAAUCCACGAAGCUCUUUGUCUCGCGUCUAACACGUAUGAAGGGCCUUAAGAAGCGUGAGGUCGAAGCCGUCAAAGAUUGCGUCGAGGAGAUCAACGAUACUGUUGACCGUUUGACCAAAUCUGUUCAAGAACUGAAGUUAUGUGGUAGUGCCAGAGAUCAAGACCAGUUUGCGUACCACAUGAGUAAUGCUCAGACUUGGACUAGUGCGGCUUUGACUGACGAGAACACUUGCUCCGAUGGAUUCUCGGGUCGGGUUAUGGAUGGGAGGAUCAAGAACUCGGUUCGGGCUAGAAUCAUGAACGUGGGCCAAGAAACCAGCAACGCUUUGUCCUUGAUUAAUGCCUUUGCCAAAACUUACUAAUUUAAAACUAUAUUUUGUCCUGUAAAAUAGAUCUAGAUAAAUGUAAUAUAAUGUAUUGCUAAGAGUUUGAUGUGAUAUAAUUUUCGAUUUUGUUAGUUUCUUUUUGUUUUGUAUGUGGUUUUAAUAGUAUUAUGUGUAUUUUGAGCUAUAAAGUUGUUUUUAAGAA